UUUAGAUUAUAUCUCAAGAUGCAACGAGAAGAAAAACAAUUAGAUUCUGCUUUAGAAGCUAUAAUUAUGAGAGUUAAUGAUUUAAAGUCAACAAUAGCUGCAAUGAUAUUUAAAGUUGAACAUGAAUAUGAAACAUUAAAUUGGCCAAACUUCCUUGAUAAUUUUGCCCUUAUAUCUGGACAUCUUACAAGCCUUUCUAAAAUUCUUAGUCAUGAUAAAGCUCCUAAUUUACGAAAUUUAACCGUACUUCCUUUACAUUUAAGUCCAGAAAAAGAUGAAGAAUUGCUGAGAAUGACCGAAGGACGAAUAUCAACUUUUGCACAUGAUCUAGUACCAGACUAUUUACGAACAAAACCAGAUCCUUUAGUUGAACAAAAAAUGUUAACAUAUGAAACAAAAGUGGCUAGUUUAACUUAUGAUGCAUCUCAUAAACAAGUAGCACAAUAUAAUAAAGUAAUUAAUCAUGUAUGGGAUAUUGCCAAUAAGGCUAGAGAAGAAUGGGAAAGUGAAACAAGUUCUAGAGCAACUCAAGCACAAACUAGUAAUUCUGCAGACACACAUUUACUUGUUUAUGCAGUGGGUAAUGGAAAAGGUUUAAAGUCCGAUACUGUACAAAUGGUUCAGGGUGUAGGAAAUUCCAUUGGAAGUAACAUGAUGGUUGGAAGAGCAGGAGGACAAUCACAAACAUCAAGUCAAGGACCUUUAGCUGGACAAAUGACUAAAGCUCCAAGUACUAUUAAAACAAAUAUUAAGGCAGCAUCUCAAAUUCAUCCAUACACACGAUAGAAAAAUAAUAUCCAUAUAACAUUUUAUAUUAGUUAAUGUAGCCUUAACAUAUUAAAAUAAA